AUGUUGAUCUGGUUCUUCCUGGUGUCCUUAGGCUCUGCCUUGGAGCAGGCGCUAUGCUCUAAGGAAAAUACAGGAUCGGUGACUACUAAUAACAUCUGGAUGUCAAAUGGAUAUUGUUCCGACUUUUGUAAAGAAUACCGCUACGCCAUUGUCCAGGGAGAAGACUGCUGGUGCUCCAACACGGCCCCAGACGACACCAGUGACUUGGACAACUGCGACACUACUUGUCCUGGCUACGGAUACGAGGAUUGCGGAGGAGAUGGCUACUACGGAUACAUCAAGGUCGGGGACACCUCUGAUGAUUCGGGGUCUUCGAGCUCCUCUGCCGACCAAUCAAGCACUGCUGAUCGUAGCACCUCAAGCUCAACUGCGAACACUCAAGCGUCGUCCUCCUCCGAAACCGUUUCAAGUGAAACACCGUCCUCGGAUUCCACAUAUGCGGACUCAAAUUCUGACUCAACCUCGUCUGAAAUACAAGAGGCCUCCGCCACCACGGACUCGUCAUCGUCGUCAACAUCCGCCACAUCCUCCUCCUCUUCCUCCUCCACGUCGUCGACCACACAUUCGUCCACCUCUACCUCCUCGUCUUCGGCCUCUCCAUCGUCUUCUUCGACUGCCUCGUCCUCUUCGGUCUCCUCCUCCACAACGUCUACAUCUGCUAACCCCACAUCGUCAGAAGCAUCCUCAGCUACCUCUAUACCGUCGUCUGCUGCCUUAUCGUCCACCUCUUCGUCCUCGUCACAAACGCUUGCGCUUUCCACCUCAUCGUAUCUCAGCUCUUCACAAGGAUCGGGCAUCUCCACAGCUCUUGUAACCACGAUGAUCAAAACAACCAUCACCUACACCCCAGCAUCGUCAGCCACCGAGAUUAACAAAAGCUCGCCGUCCAGCACAGCUACUGACUCAAGCAAAAAUAGCUCGUCGUUCUUCGACCACAAAGGAAAAGUCGCUGCAGUAUUUUCCGUGGUUGGCAUCGUAUCUCUCGCUCUGAUACUGUUGUUGACAUUCAUUCUCAGAAAAAUGUAUUUGAACAAGCAUAAAGGACCAAUCGCCAUUGAAUCAGAUACAGAAAGUUUUGAAAAGCCCGUCAUCAUCGGCACGUUGCCAAACACUCCAACACCGUCGAGUCCGCCGCCGUCUGCUUCAGCCAAAAGAGCUUCAGUGUUUUCCCUGCACCGCAAAUCAAACUCGGCCCCCACCGCUGUCCAGCGGCCAACCCCACUCUCAGACAUGGUGAUGGUCGACCAGAGACUGGACCCACACAGUGAACUCUACAAUAAUAAUAAUUACUCUACUCGAAGCCUGAGUGAUCAGGUCGAUUAUAGCAGGAAAGUGCUUCGGGUAGCCAACCCUGACGCCUAA